AUGGGGAAUACCGGUACGAGUACUUGGCUUACCUCUGCCUUUGUCGGCCUCGCUUUCCAUGCGUUGACGCAAUGGGUGGAGAUUGACAUGUUAAUUCCCCAAACGUUUGCCGUUCUCAUCGCCUCGCUUCUCGCAAUCUUCUAUGUCGAUGUCCAGGUGUACGGCUCGGCGACCACGGACGCAGCGAUAACCUUGGCGACCGCUGUGGCUGGCUUUCUGGUUAGCGUUAUAGUUUCUACGCUUGUGCACCGGAUCUUCUUCCACCGUCUGCGAAAGUUCCCUGGUCCCUUCUUUGCCAAGAUUUCCAAGUUCUAUGGCCUUUUCUAUAUGGCUCGCAACUUGCAAUAUCAAUUUGAGAUUGAGAAGCUACACGACAAGUAUGGGGAUGUGGUGCGCACUGGCCCACGCGAGCUCUCCGUUGCCCGUGUCUCUCCGCUUAACAAGAUUAUCACAUGCGGCAAGCACAACUUUUACUCCAUGGGUGACCAGAACCAGAAGCACCAGGGGCUGUCUUUCACCCUCGACCAAGAGGACCACAAGAAGCGAAGAAGAGCUUGGGACCUAUCCAUGAAUACACAGCAGGUGGCUAAGUACGAUCCCGCAAUGCAAUCCAUUGUAACGCUGUUCCUAGAGCGUCUCGCCGAGCAGCGCGGCAAGCCCGUCAACGCCACAGAAUGGGUCUCCUGGCUCUCGUAUGACAUCAUGGGCAUCGUCGGUUUCAGCAAGGACUUUGGCAACCUGCGGUCAGGCACUGAGCAUAUGGCCGUCCGCGGUCUUCGCGAUCAGAUGAUUGCGUUCGGCGCGUUCAAGCACGUGCCUUGGCUGGCGCAUCUGCUUAGCCAUAUUCCUGGUGGACAGGGCGCCAUGGGCCCAUUCAACGAGUACUGCCGGAAGCUCGUUUUUGAGAAGCGCACGUCUCUGGGCGCGAAAGAGCUGGAGGAACCCAAUGACAUCAUGACAUGGCUCAUCAAAGCGUUUGUCGAAAAGCGGCCAUGGGCAGCGCAUACGAUCCUUGCACUCGACGACGACUCGCGCUCUCUAGUCAUGGGCGGCGCCGACACGACCGCGGGCACCCUGACAAACAUCCUCAGCUACUUAGCCCUCUACCCCUCAUACCAACAAAAACUGCAGUCAGCACUCGCAGCCGUCUACCCCGACGGCCCUGCCUCCUUCAACCCGGACCUCGUAGACCGCGUCCCGCUCCUCGAGGGCAUCGUCAAUGAAACACUGCGCCUCCACCCGCCCGUGCCGAGCGGGCAGCCGCGCGUCACGCCAUCGGAAGGCCUGCACGUCCUGGCUGGGAAGGGCGAGGAGGGCGACCUGUUCAUCCCGGGCGAUACGGUGGUGCUGAUGCCGCAGUGGCUGAUUCAGCGGGAUGAGCGGUACUUUGAGAAGGCGAAGGAGUUUGUUCCCGAGCGGUGGAUUGCGGGAAGUAAGGAUGCAGGCAUGAUUAAGAACCGGGAUGCCUUUUUCCCGUUCCAGCUUGGCGCGCACAACUGCGUCGGCAAGCAGCUCGCCAUGUGGGAGAUGAAGAACGUGCUUGCGCGCCUGGCCCUGACGUUCGACGUUGUCCUUGCGCCUGGCGAGGACUCUCGCCGCUUCCACAGCAAGGCGCUCGAUACGUGGACGCUGACGCUGCCGGCGCUGAUGCUGGAGUUUAGGCCGAGGGAGUGGGCGAAGGCCGCGGCGUGA